CGUUCGCGGCGUUCAGUUACAGUCGCCAUUUUGUUGUCGUCGAAUACGGUGCGAGAAGAGCGAGAGGCGGCGGCUGAAAUAAACCCGAAACCGGUGGUUAUUUCUCACCGAAACAGAGCAGAACAGUUAGCCACAUGAGUUCAUGGACUGCCUGCUGAUAAAUGGUUAUGCUACCGAUAAGGCUCGAGUAGGUUUCCCCGGCUCGCUCAGCUCAAAGAUGGACGACAGUGCUGCGAGGGAAGAUGCCCGCCGAGACUACCAGUCCUCCCUGGAAGACCUGACGUUCAACAGCAAGCCGCACAUCAACAUGCUGACCAUCCUGGCCGAGGAAAACGUCAACUUCGCCAAGGAUAUCGUCGCAAUUAUUGAAGCACAAAUAAGCAAGGCGCCAGCUGCCGAGAAGCUUCCAGUUUUGUACUUAGUGGAUUCCAUAGUGAAGAAUGUUGGAGGAGAGUACCUUGCAGUGUUUGCUAAAAACCUAAUCACUACAUUUAUAUGUGUCUUUGAAAAGGUGGAUGAAAACACUCGAAAGAGUUUGUUCAAGCUGCGGUCGACGUGGGACGACGUGUUUCCUCUGAAGAAGCUGUACGCGCUGGACGUCCGGGUCAACUCCGUGGACCCGGCGUGGCCCAUCAAGCCGCUGCCGACCACCGCCAGCAUCCACAUCAACCCCAAGUUCCUCAAACAGUCUGAGGAGGCGUCCUCUCCACAGCCGGCCCCCGUCCCGAAGCCGCCGCCCCCGGCUCCGGCCCCGCCCCCGACCACGACCCCGACCACGACCACGGGGCCCGUGAGCCAGUCCAGCCUGACCCAGGAGCAGCUGAUCCGACAGCAGCUUCUGGCCAAACAGAAGCAGCUUCUGGAGCUUCAGCAGAAGAAGAUCGAGCUGGAGCUGGAACAGACCAAGGCUCAGCUGGCUGGGGGGUUCGUUUUACCGCCAGUGACGACCGCCUCCGGUCCAGCGGCGUCCAAUCCCGUCGUCCGGCCCUGGACAGCCCCGCCCCCAGCAGCCGACACCAAGCCGUCCACCAGGGACCCUCGUCUGAACCGGUCCGGCCCCCCCGCCACCUCCCCCCAACCCAAAGAAGCGAAGAAGGACAGCCCCCCCUCCGCGGGGACUCUCCACGCCGCCACCCCAGAGAAGAGGCCGCUGGACAAGUCCUCCCGGCCGGACAGAGCCAGGACGCCCAGGAAAGACGUCCUGGAGGACAAGUCCAAGUCUCCGUCUCCGAUGGCUAAAAGUCUCCAGGCUAAGAACAGGCUGGUGGACGCGGAGCUCCAGAAGCCGAGCGACGGCACGAAGAAAGACCCCAGGCUGAAGAAACGUCCUCAGGACAAGACGGAGGAUUUGAAGGAGGACGAGGCGAAGGAGAAGAAGAGAUGCACUGACAAGAAGGAGAGAGAGGCCGAGCCCCCCAGGUCCAAGGGGAAACUGGCCAACGGCUCCGUGGUCAAACAUGGCCGAGAGGAGGCGGCCGACAAGGUGGAGUUCAAGGCCGGAGGCAACACCCGGACGCACGGACGCAAACGCACCCACUCCAGGUCCAGGUCUCGCUCCCCGACCACUUCGCCCAAGAGGAAGGACGGGAGACGCUCCCCCAAGAGCCGACCUCGCAGCACCUCCCCGUCCCCCUCCCACAAAGCCACCAAAGCCAGGAGGGUCCGCACAGACCCGGGCCGAGGGGAGGACCGGCCGGCCCCCAAGAAGGUCCAGUCCGAGGGCCGCAGGUCCAAGAGGCCGGGGGAGGACCGGCGCUCCGAGUCCAGGGACUCCCACUCCCCCCGAAGCCACGAGGGGGGAGGGAAAGAGUCGAAGGAGGCGCCCCAUCGCUGGAGGAGCGGCUGGGAGGAGAACAAGCACGUGAAGCCGCCGGAGGACUCGCACAUGAAGCCUGUGGCUCAGAGACACAAGUCCUACGGCACCCCGACCCGGCCCACCACCCCCCGGACCCCGAAGCAUCGGCUCAGCGUGGACGCAAACCUGCAGAUCCCAGAGGUCCUGAACUCGGCCUCCAAGAAGGACCUGCUGAGGAGGGCGAGCCGGCGUCUCCAGAGCGGGGAGAUCUCCCAGGAGGACUUCCUGAACAUGGCGCACCAGAUCAAGCAUUUCUUCCAGUACCAGGAGGAGAAGCAGCAGCGCUCGGAGAGCUGGGACGACUCGGACGAGUUCUCCGUCAAGAAGCAGACGCUGCUGAGCAUGAGCUCCGCCCCCGGCGCCGCCCCCACCGCCCCCCAGCCCCGCCCACACGACGCCAUGGACCCGGCGGAGCUGUCCUACUACGAGCACAAGUCCAAGCUGAGGAAGACGCAGGUCAACCACCGCGCCGCCGGGGGAGGGGAGGAGUGGGAGGCCGAGGACAAACCGGGGGACGGGGAGGACUCGGGACAGGGCGAGAAGACGGGGGUCGGACGAAGCGCGGGACACCCGGCGCAGCAUAAAUACAUCCGGACGCCACGGGACCGACAAGGUGAGAGGAGGAGCAAGGAGAGGGAGGAGCCUCGGCCCCCGCUGGCCCCCAUGAUCGAGGAGUACAACCACGGCAAAGAGUUCCCCACCCUCAAGUCUCUGCCGGGACUCCGCUUCAGGAAGAGGGUCGACCCCCGAGAGUCCAGUGAGAGGGAGUGGACGUCUCCGCUGACCGAGCGCCAACACUACGAGGACCGUGAGGAUCAGAAGAGCAGCUACGACGCCCCGCGGCGUUACGGCCCCCACGCGGACCCGCGGCGGCCCGAGGGCCCGCCCCCUCCCCCGGGCCCCGCGGACGGGGGCGUGGCCCCGAGGUUCGAGCGCGAGCGCCUGUCUCCGCUGCACCAGAAGGACACGGGGGACGUGAGCCCGGUCCCUCGCUUCGAGAGCCCCAACAGCGAGCACUCGGACGACGGGCCCCUCAGUGUGGACGCCCCCCCUCAUCCCCACCCCAAGUCCAUCCUCAAGGCCCCGCCCCGGGGGGGGGCCCUGCCGUCUGUCCGACAGCACAGCGAUUCCCCUGGACACACCCCCCCUCACGAAGGAGGACACCCGCCCCCCCGGUACAACGGCCCCGGACACAUGGGCCCCUCCAGACCUCAUCCCCCGGGGUGGUACGAAGGCGGCGGCCCCGGGCGCUAUGACGACGCCCCGUUCGAUGGACCCCUCCAUCAACCCCCGGGCAGGUUCGAUGGCGGAGGGCCCCCCCACCACAGCAUGGACAGGGUGGAGGGCCCCGGCCAGUGCGAGGGCCCCCACGGCCCCAUGCGAGGCGGGGACGGGAUGGGGCGGUUCGAUGGUCCUCCUCAGGGCCCCGGCCGGUUUGGGGGGCCCAUGGGCCAGCAGAGGUACGAGGGCCCAGGACCCGCCCACCUGGAGGGCCCCAUGCAGCGGUUUGAACCACCCGGUCGCUUCAACAGCAUGGGCCCCCCCGGGUCUGGGCCCAUGGGCUUCCAGCAGCGCCCCCUGUGCUUCGACGGCGCCAUGAGGUUCGAGGGGCCCAACCAGCCGGGACCCAGGUUCGACGUGUCCCGCCCACGCUUCGAGUACUCCUCAGGUCAGCAGGGGCCCCCCAGGUUUGCUCCCCAACACAACCUGCAACCCCCCAUAAGGCCCAUGGCCCCGCCCAUGUACGACCAGCAGAACUUCCCCAUGGGCCCCCAGAGGUUCCCGGAGCCCAUGAACCAGUUCCUGCAGCCGGGGCCCCCCUUCAACCAGCCGGGCCCCGGACCCUUCUACAACCCCUCGGCCCCCGCGGUCGCCAUGCAACAGCCGGUGAACCUGAUGGGGACCAUGAAUCCGGCCUUCCUGCCUCAGAACGCGGCUCCUUUCGUUCAACAGCCUCCAGCAGGGGGCGCUCCAGAGAACCACUUCGGCCAGGUUGACGUCAACGACCUCUUGACCAAGCUCAUCUCCACCGGCAUCAUCAAACCGUCGCAGCCCGAAGCCGCGACCACCACCACGACCAACGAAACUUUGUCCACGACUCCGUUAGCUCCGCCCCCAGAGGAGGAGGAAGAGGAGGAGCAGGAGGUGGAGGAUGAAGACCUGCCAGACCUCACCAGCUUUAGCAUCGACAGCAUGAAACAGCGCUAUGAGAGCGUAGUGACCAAGCUGUACUCGGGGAACCAGUGUUGUCUGUGUAGCAUGCGCUUCACGGCCGCGCAGACCGACAUGUACGCCGACCACCUGGACUGGCACUUCAGACAGAACCACGCGGGCAAGGUGGCGAGCAAGAAGGUCACCCACCGCCGCUGGUACUACACCCUCAGGGACUGGAUCGAGUUCGAGGAGAUCGCCGACCUGGAGGAGCGAGCCAAGAGUCAGUUCUUUGAGAAGGAGAACGAGGAGGAGGUGCAGAAGAGCCAGGCCGCCGCCAAGGAGAAGGAGUUCCAGAGCGUCAGAGCCACCAAGGACCAGGUGGGAGAGUCAUGUGAAAUCUGUCAGGAGGCGUUUGAGACGUACUGGGUGGAGGAGGAGGAGGACUGGUUCCUGAAGGACGCCGUCAGAGUCGACGACAAGAACUUCCACCCGGCGUGUUUCGAAGAUUAUAAAAACACGUCGUCGUAUCUGGACGUGACUCCGUCUCCCAGUAAGUUCCUGACCGACCACCCGCUGGUCUCCAUAAAGACAGAAAAGGAGGAGGAGGAGGAGCAGGAAGUGGAGGCGGAGGGCACUUCCUGCCUCGCCCCGGUCAAACAGGAAGUGGAGGCGGAGCUUGCGGUGGUUAAGGAGGAGGCGGCCGUGGAGGCGGAGCCAUCGGACUGAAGGAGAUUUUAGCUGCAGACUCGUCUGCUUCGACACUUGAAUACGUUUUUGUAUUUGGACUCUGAGCUGUGAAACGUUUCCUUUGGUCCAAUCUGUAAAUGAUUUAAUUUAUAAAUUAAAGUAUUUUUUGUA